AUGGGUCGCUCGCGUUCCAGAUCGAAAUCACCGAGUAGGCGGCGUCACAAGAGCAAGCACUCUCGCAAACGGUCCAAGUCACGCGAGAAGCAUUCCAACAACAAGUACUCGGACAAGCCGAAGGAGCGCAGUUCCAAGUCGAGAAAGCGGUCGCAUUCCGCGUCGUCCAGCAGUGGAUCGGAUGCAUCGGACGAUGUGCACAUUGUCAGUCACAAGAAACGCUCAUACAGGGACAGAGACCGGAAGAUGGACGAGGUAGAGAGGCUGGCCGAGAUGGAACGGCAAAGGAAAAAGAAAGAAUUAAUGAACAAAAUCUUCACCUCGAGCACGGUCGGACGUCAGCGUGAGGUGGAACAAAAGAUGGUAGAGGAGGAAGCAGCGAAGCGUAUAGAGGAGCUUGUACAGAAGCGGGUGGAAGAAGAGCUGGAGAAACGUAAAGAGGAGAUCGAGGCGGAGGUACAGAGGCGGGUCGAGGAGGCGAAACGAGCCAUGGAGCGCCAAAUGAUGGAGGAGAUGGAAUGGAGGCAGGCGAAACUACGUGAGGAGGAAAAACGAAGAGAGGAGGAAGAGCGGAAGAAGCGUGAGGAACUAGAGAGGAUUAUGGAGGAGAACAACAGAAAAAUAGAGGAGGCUCAGAAGAAACUGGCUGAGGAAAGAUUGGCCAUGGUUGAAGAGCAACGAUUAAUGGAGGAAGAGAGGCAGCGUAUGAGGAAGGAGCACGAGAAACGCGUCAAGGAAGAGCAAAAGAGGAUCCUGGGCAAGAACAACUCGAGGCCUAAGUUAUCCUUUACGUUAAAACCGGUUACGUGAGUCUGUGUAUCACUUUGUGCGAUUUCACGUGCGAUAUGUACACGAAAUCUUGUCAGCUUUCGUACUUGAUACGCGAGAACGGUCGUUCCACAAGCGCGUAGGUAUAUCAUAGACCAUGCAAAUAACGUAAGACCCAAGGCUCACCUUAAUGUAUUCAAAAACGGUUGUUGAAUUUGGAUGACGUUCGAGUCGAGCGGAAGCGUCAAAACUAAACAGCCGAUUCUCCUCCCAUUGGGGUUUCGACACAGAUGCAGACGGGAUUUCACAUUACGCGUGAUUACACUAACAUCAGAUCGAGCUAACGUAAAUUAUUGAUACGCGCGAUAGUAUGAUGGUAACAUAAUAAUAAAUCGAGAUCUAGAGUAUUCUCUUUAACUUCAUUUGACUUUAGCAUAAAAUAUCCUUUCGCCGAGCAGUUGACUCGUUCUGUCUGAUGUAAGUGUAAUCCAGCUCGUUUAGAUGUGUUCCAUAAUUUGUACAGAUGCAAUUUAUACAGUGUAGGCUCAUCAUUAUCAUCUUAAUGUAAUGGGAAAGAUCAUAAUAAUUUUAUUUCAGUGAAAUAUGUCACAUGUAACACGUUAGAUCGUCGUCAGUUGUCAAAUAAUGAUACUAGAUUUAGUUGUUCGUAUUGUUAAAUUGAAACAAUUAUUUUUCACGGAGGAUUAUUAUCUCCCUUUUUUAACAAUCUUUCUAAAAUGACAUAUAUACAUAAGUAAUCAAUUUUCGCGUCAAUAUAACUUGACAACAUGCGACCGUUUCAUCACUUCUUGUGAUAAUUUAUUUGACGCGCAGUCAUUUUUAGAAUGUGUAUGAUGUAUUGACAUUUUUUCAAAAUGAUAGUAUAACAUGAUUUUUCAGUAAGAAACUCAGCAAAGGGAUAAUACAGCAGAAUUUACAAAAAUACGGUGAUUUUAUACGUGAAUAAUGUAUAAAUGUGAGCGUGACAUGAUUCUACUUUAAUCAUGUAACGAUGUGUACGUAUUGUUCUGUGACGAAAGAAACACUUGCCCGUACAGAAUUGUAUAUCUAUCACAGUUGUUACUUGUAAAAAUAAACACGUUUUUAAU